AUGGAUAUCUCCCAUGGUAAGAAUUCCAAUUUAAACUCUCCUCUUAUUCAAAAUUAUCCACCAAUAGUUACAUGCAAAAUUCAUAGAGAUGCUGAUGAAGACUCGAUCAUCCAGCAAAUAGACCCUUUUAAAUACAGCAAGCUUCGUGGAUUCAUGUUUUGGAUUCUGGUCAUUUUGACAUGUGGGAUAUUGUAUUUAGUCGACCGCUGAUUUCUUAACGUUCAUCUUGCAUUUCGCUUUAGCCGAACUGUCCCAGCAGAAGCCACUCACCUUUUAGUGAAAACUCAGCAUUUUUUAGAGCUUGUUCCGACAGCCACAAAGCAUUCUAAAAUCCUAGGCAACAUCCUUACCUUCCAGCACCACUAUUUACAGUACUAUUUUGAUGGCAAAGAAUUCCUGCCUCUUUACUUCGAUGUUAGCUUGAGCUACAAGAAAAUGAUUGAUAAAUACAGCCAUGGAUACAUAGAGAGCGAAGAAAUUUCUGAAUUGCGGUCACUCUUCGGCAUCUGCCAAAUUAUUGUUCCUCUAAAGACUAUUUUCCAGCUUAUCUGGGAAGAAGUUUUGCAUCCUUUCUAUAUUUUCCAAGUGUUCUCAGUUGGUGUCUGGUAUUUCGAACAGUAUUUUUUAUUCUCUGGGGCAAUUAUUUGCAUUACUUUAAUAUCGUUAGGGACCAGCGUAUUUCAGACAAGACGGUCUAUGAGUGCUAUACAUAACCUUGCUAAGCGCAGUGUGCAGAUAAAUGUACUUAGGGAAGGGAAUUGAAAAACUAUACAAAGCCCAGAACUGGUCCCAGGUGACGUAAUAGAAAUUCCACAAGGCGGAGAAAUGCCUUGCGAUGUAGUGCUUACAUCAGGUGGCUGCAUUAUGGAUGAAGGGACACUUACUGGAGAAUCUAUUCCAGUUAUAAAGGAUCCGUUGCCUUAUCUUGAAGAGCCCAUCUAUAAUAUUGAGCAUGAUAAAAGACAUAGUUUAUAUGAAGGGACGAAGGUGAUUAUUAAACUUUAAAAAUAAUUAUAGAGAAAUCCUCUGUAGGCUUGCAGGCCACUACUCACCUCCGGAUAGCGUUCUAACGCUUAUUUGUCAGUCUGGACACGGCCAUCUAUUGUGUGCUCCUCAUGGACGAGGGCUUGCAAUCGCUGCCCGAGACCUUAGAGGAAUUCGAAAAACGAAUGGUUUUCGACGAAGAUAAAACUCAGAGCCCGUGGUAGAAUGCCUGAUAGCGUGCUAGGAAUUUUGGCCAAGUGACAUCCUCUGGCCUUGUUGGGUGUCCCCUUCCAACUCCCAGCGAACCAUCCCCCGAAGUAAAACUUUGACCUGAAUUUGAGCAUGCGGCCAGCUAGCCCGACGUUGCGCUCCACCAAAACAAAAUAAACCUGCCGGAUACACAUUUCCGAACGCUGUCCUCCCAUUCAAUUAAGAGUGCAGUGACUCAUCACUCAUUUUAAUGUAUUUGAGCGAAGGUAAAUACAGACUCGCAAUUAUGGAGGGUCUAAUGUGGUAGGCGUGGUUACCCGUACUGGUUUUUCUACGAUGAAAGGAAAAAUGGUCAGGUCUAUUUUGUUCCCAAAGCCAAAUAAAUUUAAAUUCUAUAGAGACUCCAUGUUGUUUGUAGGAGUUUUAUCACUUAUAGCAGUCACUGGAUUUCUAAUAUGCAUGCCGAUAAUGAUUUAUAUUGGGUUGCCAUUAGGUCAAGUAUGGAUAAGAUGCUUAGAUUUAUAUUAUUCCAUAAAACCAUUUAUUUUUAAUAAUAAUCCUCCAAUAUUCCCUAUUUACUAUAAAAAUAAUAAUAACCAUUACAGUUCCUCCUUCGCUUCCAGCUUGUAUGAACGUUGGCACUGCAUUUGCUAUAAACCGCUUAAGAAAAAGCCACAUUUUUUGCAUCGCUCCUCCACGUGUAAAUGUAGCAGGGAAAAUCGACAUCUAUUGUUUUGACAAGACAGGGACUUUAACUGAAGAUGGGAUGAUUUUAAUAGGAGUCCAGCCUUGCAAUAACCGCGUAAUGGACGUUCUAUAUGAUGACCCAAAAUCAAUUGAAGGGCAUUCUAAAAAGCUUGUGGAGUGUAUGGCUUCUUGCCAUUCUUUGACUACAGUUGACAACAAAAUUGUAGGAGACACCCAAGAUUUGCAGAUUUUUAACUGCACUGGAUGGAUUUUUGAAGAGCCUGAUGAUGAAAUAUAUGAGCCUGCAGUAAAAGCAGUAGUUAGACCAAAAGAAUCAGGAGAAAUUCCUACAGUUUUUGAUGAGCAAGGCAAUGUGGUCGGUAUGAUUGAGGCACCUUAUGAGCUGGGAAUAUUACAUACUUUUCAUUUUACGUCAAAAUUAAAGCGUAUGGGAGUAUGCUGUUUAAAAAUGAAUUUUAUUAAAAAUUUCCAUUAAAAUAUAGCUUUUUUCUCUAUUUUUUUUUUAGAAGUUUUAACUAAAUAUAUUAUAAUCACCAAAAAUCUCAAAGAAAAUUCCUUCCAAUUUUACAUGAAAGGCGCUCCUGAAGUCGUUAUGGAAAAAUGUGCGCCAGACUCAAUACCGGCUGACAUGAAAGUUAUAUUAGGGAACUACACAUGUGCAGGUUAUAGAGUUCUUGCAUGUGCUUAUAAAGCUCUUCCUCCUAUAAAAUUCUCUGAGUUAAGGUCUCAAAAACUAGAAGACUUAGAAACUAGCUUAACCUUUUUAGGGUUAAUUAUCCUCCAAAACAAGCUGAAGCCAGAAACUAUGCCUGUUAUCCGCAGUUUGCAUAAAGUUGGCAUAAAAACUGUCAUGGCCACUGGAGAUGCAGUGCUGACUGGGAUUUCUGUAGCAAGAGAAUGCGCCAUGAUUGACCCUGAAGUCACUGUAUAUUUAGGAGAAAUGCAUGGAGAAAGACUGCUAUGGCAGAUUUUCAGAUCAGCUUAUCAUGAAGGAGACUCAGAAGAGCAUGAGUUAAAAGUAGAACCACCAUGAAAAGACCAUGGAUUUGAAGUAAAUUAUGCAUUAGCAUUAACUGGAGCCUCUUUAGCGCACAUGGCAAAAUUGGCAGAUCAAGGAGACCAAGAUGCUGUGAUUGGCUUUAAAACUGUACUAGAAAAAUGCAGGGUUUUUGCUAUAUUUUCUACAUAUAAAUAUUACAAACUUCAUUAAAACUUUUUUCCCUUUUAUUCACCUAUUUAUGCAGAAAAUUUAUUUUCCUUAGAUAUAGAAUGUCCCCAGAGCAUAAAACCCUUCUAGUCGAAAGAAUGCAAGAACUCGGCUACCUCAUUGGUAUGUGUGGAGAUGGUGCCAAUGACUGUGGUGCUUUAAAGUCAGCUGACAUCGGAAUAUCGCUAAGCGAAGAAGAAUCUUCUAUUGCCGCCCCUUUUACUUCUAAAGUUUCCAAUAUUUCUUGUGUAAUUACAGUCCUCAGAGAAGGCAGGUGUGCUUUGACGACUUCUACCCAGUGUUUUAAGUUCAUGUUUUUAUAUUCCACCAUUCAGUUUAUUACAGUAAGCAUGCUUUACUCUAUGGGAACUGGGCUUACUAACAACCAAUUCGUUACUUUUGAUAUGAUAACUAUGCUUCCUCUUGCUAUCACCAUGAGCAAAACAGGCCCUUACCAUAAACUUUCCAAGCGCCACCCUACCGCAUCCCUUAUGUCAGUCGCCGUUUUAACCUCUGUCAUAGGACAAACUGCUUUAGAAACCUUAGCCCAGGUUAUCACCUAUUUUAUUGCCUCUGACAUGAACUUUUUUAAGCAAAACGACUACAAGGCUGGUCAUCCUAUAACGGAAUUUUUCCAUUGUGACCCGAAUACUGUUCUGUUUUUAAUGAGCUGGGUUGAGUACGAAGUAGUCUGCUUUGUGUUUAAUAUAGGAAAGCCCUGGAAAAAGCCUAUGUACACCAAUUUCUGGUUUACAAUUCUUCUAGUUUUUCUCUUUGCGUUUACUUUUACGACGAUUUUAUUCCCUCCAGAAUUCAUUAAAGAUCUUUAUGAUGUGAAUUCAAUUAAAAGCGGGCAAGCAUCCUAGCCUUUGCCUCAUUUUGGCUCCAAAAUAGCCGCCUCCAACGUCCCGAGAAACGAAAUGGGAAAUCGGAAGUUGCUAUUUUGGAUUUCCGGUCUUAAGCACCUCUCCAAGGGACCAGCUCCCUAGGGCAGUCCACUGUCUGUAAAAUUUCUUGAUGGUCCCGAAAAGUUAAGAACAUGUUGUAAGCAAAACCUGUCUACCCCAUCUGGCAGGGACAGAAAAACUUUUGUGAGAAAAAAAAACUUUCCUCUUUGGCGUCCCAAGCCUGAAGGUCUACUUCAAAAAGGGAUAGAGGUCCUGUUUUUAGCUUAAUCCGGAUGAUUCUUACUUUCUCAAUAGGGAGUGCGCCUCGGAGUCCAAUUUCUGUUAGCGUCAUCAUUUUAUUUCUCUUUUAUGAUGUAAGGAAUAUUUAGCUUACCUACAUGCCUGGGUAUUUUCGAGGGACGCUAGUAGGGAUUUGUGUGUGCUAUGGUAUUGCGGCGUUUUUGUUUGAAAAAUAUAUAGUGCAUAUGGCUGAUGCUUAUUAUAGAAAAAGAAGACAGGAGAAAAAGCAUGCAGCCAAGGUGAGGGAUUUGUCGGCGAAAAAGAAUUUAGAUUAA